CAUACAUAGUAGUGUGAAGUCUGAACCACACGAUAGUGAAAUUUCCAAACGAUGCAGCUACGACAACUGAGUAAUCAAACGAUGUGGGACAAAAUUUGUUCUAGGUGGCAGCUUCGUGUGUUCUCCACCGUAGCUCGAAGCAAUGAAAAACAUAUCAAUUUGCUUCCCAAAAUGCCACACUUCAAUCACACUCCAGCUCCCUACAAUGGCCCUUCAUCAUCUGAUCUCUUGAAAAGAAGAAAACAGUAUCUCCCCACUUUUGUUGGCACCUAUUACACUCACCCAUUAAAUCUUGUGGAGGGUAAAAUGCAAUAUUUGUAUGAUGAAAAUGGUAGAAGAUACCUUGAUGCUUUUGGUGGAAUUGCUACUGUUUCAUGUGGUCAUUGUCACCCUCAUGUUGUUGAAGCAAUUGUUAAUCAGAUAAGGCUUUUGCAACAUACUACUGUUCUUUAUUUGAAUCAUGCUGUUGUUGAUUUUGCUGAGGCACUUGCUGCUAAGAUGCCAGGAGAGUUGAAGGUUGUUUUCUUCACAAAUUCUGGGACAGAAGCCAAUGAGCUGGCUUUGAUGAUGGCAAGGUUGUACACUGGCUACCAUGAUGUAAUUUCAAUUAGAAAUGGUUACCAUGGCAAUGCAACUUCAACAAUGGGUGCUACUGCUCAGUUUUUUCACAAGUUUAAUGUUGUACAGACUGGAAUUCACCAUGUCCUUAACCCAGAUCCCUAUAGAGGAGUUUUUGGUUUGGAUGGAGCAAAAUAUGCACAUGAUGUUCAAGACAUAGUUAAUUAUGGAACUUGUGGUCAUGUAGCUGGCUUUGUUGCUGAGGCCAUUCAGGGAGUUGGUGGAGUGAUAGAAUUGGCUCCAGGUUACUUGCCUGCAGUUUAUAGCAUCAUCAAAAAAGCAGGAGGUCUUUUUAUAUCUGAUGAAGUUCAGUCAGGGUUCGGUCGAACUGGUAGUCACUUUUGGGGCUUUGAGGCACAUGGAAUUGUCCCUGAUAUUGUAACAAUGGCAAAGGGAAUUGGUAAUGGUGCACCUAUUGGUGCAGUGGUAACAACUCCUGAGAUUGCAAAGGUUUUGAAAUAUGCAUACUACUUUAGCACAUUUGGAGGAAAUCCUGUUUGUACUGCUGCUGGAUUAGCUGUUCUGAAUGUAAUUGAGCAGGAUAAACUUCAGCAAAAUGCAUAUGUUGUUGGAUCUUAUUUAAAGGAUCGUCUUAAUUCACUAAUGGAAAAGCAUGAGAUAAUUGGAGAUGUAAGGGGAAGGGGAAUGUUGCUUGGAGUUGAACUUGUGAAAGAUCGAAAGCUCAAAACUCCUGCGAAAGACGAAAUUGUGCAGAUCCAUGAACAGAUGAAAGAUAUGGGAGUGCUACUUGGGAAAGGUGGCUUUUAUCGAAAUGUAUUAAGGAUUACACCACCACUUUGCUUCACUAAGGAAGAUGCAGAUUUUCUAGUAGAUGUGAUGGACUACACAAUGUCAAAGAUGUGAAGCAUGUGCAAAGAUGCAACACUAUUGGAUGAAGAAAAUGUUCCAAUUCUGAUUCCAUACUUGUAGGACCUAUAUAAAACUUAAAACCUCAUGUAAGCGUAACAUAUAUGCAAAUGUAAUGUAAAAAGAGAAAUAAAUAAUUGGACUUUUGGGGUUACGCCACUAUUAGGCAUGUUCUGUUAACUAGUGCAAUGCAACACUAAAAUUCUUAAUUUUA